CUGGUGCCUCACCCAACUACAAAUCCCAGCAUUCUCUAGGCUGGCUGCAAACGUGACCCGGGCUAGGGGAGGAGCUUUUCUGGCUUGCCAAGCAUGUCGGCUGUGCUGCUGCGGAGGAGGAGCACCUCUCUGCUGCCUUCCUUGGCCGGUUUCUUAGGCCGGGGGGCUGCCUUGCAGCAGAGCAGGAGUUGUUCAGGAUCUUCAGCUCAAGCUGUAAUUUCAGCCAAACAACCCUUUCAAGUGGAAUUAAAACAAGGAAAGGGCUAUGCUUGGUGUGCCUGUGGCCACAGCCGAAAGCAGCCCUUCUGUGAUGGAUCCCAUAAAAGGAAUGCCCCGAAAAUGUCUCCCCUGAGAUUCAAAGCUGAGGAGACAAAAGAAGCCUGGCUGUGUGGCUGCAAAUGCACCAAGAACCCGCCAUACUGUGAUGGUACUCACAAGGAAGGUUUUGUGCAAAAUGCAGAGCUCCAUUCUCAACCUCAGAAGUGAUGAGAAGCCAUGAAUGUCCUUUGAUGAAAUGCAAGCGAUGAAGUUGGCAGGUGACCAGCCUUGGGACCAAGGCACUGUGGCACUCUCUUGCACAAGUGCUGUCCUUGCACAGUUCCUGUUCAUUUCAAUGCAAUUUGUCAAGGAGCACUUCCCUGCUUACUGCACCAUUGGUUGCCUUGGCGAAGACUCUUAAGUCUCCGUGACAUAGGCCAAUAUUGGCCAUCACUACAUGGAGCAGAGAAGAAAUUAUUUUUGUUGUCUGUCUGGGAGGUAUGAACAAGGCUAGUUCCUUCCACCACUUUUAAUAUUGCUGUAUUGUUGAAGUCACUUGUGGAGAACAAGGACGAAAUACACCUCUUCCUCCCAUUUAGUUAGAAUGUUGGGUUUUAAAAUUGAUUAAUUGAUGUUGGCUGCUAGAAUGGAGAUCAUUCGUGUGUUGGCAUUGGGAAAACAUGCACUGAAUUGAUGCUAAACUUGUUAAUUUGUUAAUUAAAUAGUAAUUUUUGAAGAAA